CCUGUGGUGGAUGUUCAGCUUUUCUGUAAGUCUUUUGUUCAUUCAGAGCGACAUGCACAGUUAUAUUCAUGCUUGACUGGAGACAGCACCACCAGCAGCUUUUCUUCAGAGAGACAGAGGGAGAGUGAGAGAGUGUCGGAGGAAGAGAGGGAUGUACUCCUUAAUAGUUCCACUAAGGGAGUUUUGGGGCUGUUAGAUGCUUCUAUUCCACUGAAUAAUGUUUGAGAUUGCUCUGCUCUCUGCGGAACAAGGCUUUCAGCGGUUUUGGCAUUUCAGUUCAAGGCAUUUGUUUGGGCUAAAGGCAGGAUUUUUUUAUGUUCCAGGCGGUUACCAGGGCAGCGGUAGAGAAGGGUAUUUAAUUCUGAAUGUGUGAGUCCGUGUGAGGGUCGCCAUGGAUGUGAAAUCUGAGAGCUGGCAACGGCCACCUAAGCUCAGGCAGGAUGGCACCUCUCACCUGCGCAGGACCCCAGAGUGGAGGAGAUCUGGAGAUGAGAGCUACUGGGAGGGCCAGGUGGCACAGGCAGAUAGGCCUCCUCGUGCAGCUCGUCCACAGAGCUGUAUCGAAGGCAGGCUGAUGGAUGACUGGCUUCAAACUCUUGAGAUGCUACAGGCUCACCCUGUUCAACAGCAGGUCCCCGCAUUUGUCGACAGAACUGCAUCGAUGCCUGUUCUUCCAAGCAAGAUGAUCACUGGAUCCCUAAACUACUCAAGUUAUCCAUACUUCCAGAAAAGGGAGUGGACCCCCAGUAUGAGCCCCAGCCCUGGAGACAGCUCUCUGGACAGUCUGGACUCACUGGACUCUCAGUCUGGACUAGAUACCCAACAUAAGGCUCAAAUUAAGAUGGCACCCAGUGCUCAGAAGGCCAAACUGUGCCGCCUCGCUCCGGUCAGGAUCGGCUGGCUUCCCCUACAGAGACACGUUGUAAUGACGAGCAGCCCGAACACUGCCCAUCACCAUGGUAACACCAGUCAGGUGAAACUGAAGCCUCCCAUCACGCCUGUAUUAAGCAGCAGUUCUGUCAAAGCACCUGGAUCAGAAUCAGGAGACAGGCCAGCUGAGUGGAGAGGAGUUGGAGUAUCUUCUGGAGUCCAGCGGCCUUGGAGGAUCCCUGAACACAGCUCUACACAGGCCGCUGGUUCAGGGAACCGCGCUCCAGUGGAAAGAGACCACGAAGUGGCGCAUGACCCUGCCAGCAGGGGGCAGAUGCCUCGCUCUCAGAACAGUGAGCUUCAACCCAACAGCCUUAUGUGGACGACUCCAGUGCGGAGAAGAGGGAGCGUUCCACAGUCGUCUUCCUUCACUGAUGGCAGUCCUCCUCCCAAACACAGCAGCUCCAUAUCUUCCAUCACUAUUACCUCCAGGAAGGUCGUUCGAUCCUCCAGCCUGCCAGACACGAGCAUUCCUCCUCAGGCUGGAGGGAGGGCACCGAGCCCGAUGGCCAUAAACAGCCACCAGACAGACCUUGCAAAGUACCCACACAGCCAAUACUCAAGACAGGUCACUCCACGGAGAAAAGCUGUGGUGGUCAAAGUUACAGAGCAGAGAGCAGAAAGCAGUAGAGUCCUCCAGGCUUGUGAUAAAGACAACCCUGUCGAUACUUUCCCCUGUCAUCAAACUCCUGGAGAAGGCUCAUCAUCCUCUAAACUUCCCAAGCGAAGGAGCCCUUCCCCUGCUAUCUCUAACCUGACCAGCGUAGAGAACCAUACCACGCCGGCCCACGUAAGUGUACCUGCCAGAGAUAACUUCCCACCAGGCAUUUCUAGUGUGGCCAGCAGAGAUUCCUCAGUUCCCUCCACCCUGACCACUCCAGAAACCUAUCAGCCAGUGGUGCUCAGGAGAAAAGCCACCAUUGUGAAGGUGGAGCACAGAGAGAGCUACAGGAGUGAGGCCAAGGGGAGAGUGGAACAUAGGCACAGCUACACCGAAGGCUUCAGAGCCACCCGAUCUGUAACAUUCACAAGCACUCCAUCAUAUGCUAACACUGAACCAUUGCUAACUAAUGAACCCAGUCUUGCUGAAUCUGCACAGGCAGGGAAGAGUAAUGAGAAGGUAAAAGAACUCCAUAGAUCUACACUAUCCUUUCAGCUGAGUAGCCCAUCCUCCAAUGGACCACCCCUGGAUAACUCACACAGCCCUGUGGGUCACAGACCCCGCAGGCCUGCUAGCUGUUACGCUAGUAUGUUUAUCCCUCCUGAGCCAAGUGCCAAUGAUUCUAAAGAUCCUGGAUUUCAGAGCACGAGUUCUGCACUUCCCCAAAAGACAAAUAUUGACCCUGGGAGCUCCACUGGCAGCAGCUCAAACAGGCGCUGGAGCACCGGCGGAGGGGCAUGGAGCCGUGACGAGAUUUACCCAGGGAGAGGCAGCUCUGCUGGGGAUGUAGGGCAAUGGCAGAGAGAGUCUGCUCUCCUGGGGAACCAGCAACCUUUAACUCUUAUCAAAGUGCCAGAAAGCUCAGCUGAUGCCACCCGUAAUGCUGUAGUGGCUCUGAACGCAGCUGCAGUUAUAGCCAAUAUAAAGUGGCAGAGCCAGCAGAGAAAGAGAGCGCAGUCCCACAGCAGCACCAAGGGAGACAUAGACCCAUUAUCUCAGCGCAAAACUGCAGAGCGAGAUGGAGGUGAUAAAGUGUGUAAUGGUGAGCAGGGUCCAGAAGUGGACCUCUCUGUGGAGAGUAAGACAGCAGCGUGUGUGAAGCACUGGCACGCAGAGUUUGUCCCGUUGCAGACCACAGACAAGUCUCCAUCAAACACAGACACACUCAGUAAGGCUCUAGAGCAGCGACGGCCAGACUUCAUCAGACACUCACAGGCCAGAGUUCAGGCUCUGCAGAAACGAGCGCGAGAGAGGCGACAACUACACUCACACACACCAACACAAACAACUAUGCAGAGACAGAGAGAUAACAUUUUCAAAUCCCAGGACAGAAGCAUCUCAGGGAAAAAACAACAGCAACAGCAGUUCAGACAGAAUUACAGCCACCUGCCGGAAGUGAAGAGGAGGAAAGAGGAGGAGAGGAGAAAGUUAGCAUCUCAGACCAACAGAUUGAGGGCCGAGCUCUUUAAAAAGAAAAUUCUGGAGCAGGUUCUUCACAGAGGAAAAGACUGAAGCAUGAGUGAGAGGGUGAUGAUCCCUUCUUUCUACUGUCUGUCCAUCCUGUACCAGCCCAGUGAAGCGCUGCCAAAACUCGUCCUCUCUCAGUGCAUCAGACAGUGAACAAU